GUUUACCUUAUUCCGCAUCAAGGUUCUUCAUCCUCAACUUCCGACGGUAUUCUUGAAGUUUUCCAUAAAGCCGAGAAAUUCCAGGAAACUAGCACGAAAGAAUUUCCAGUAAUUAGUGUCGUUUUACUCGACGAAGUUGGAUUGGCCGAAACCUCUCCGCAUAAUCCCUUGAAAGUUCUUCACUCUCUACUCGAACCGAGCUACCCUGCUGACGGCCCAACCGUUUCGGUAGUUGGAAUCAGUAAUUGGAGACUUGACAAUAGUAAAAGUAGUCGAGCUUUAUUAGUUCAACGACCUAAAUUUGGUAUCGACGAUCUGGUUGACACUGCCGCUCGUUUACUUGAGAAUAAAGUCUCAGGAAAAAUACAAAGGGUGUCCCUUAAGCCUCUUGCGGAAGCUUACUCGGAGUACGAGCAGACCGGUCAGGUUCAUCCAAACUUCCACGGUCUUCGUGAUUACUAUGGACUAGUCAAAAGUUUAUCUACAACGAAAAUGACACCUGAUAAUAUUCAAAUGGCUUUAGCAAGAAAUUUUGGUGGUACAGAUCAGAAUGCGAUACUUUGCGAAGGAUAUUUUCAUAAAGUUUUACAAAAAUUCAAUAACUAUGUUCACUGGGAAUACAAACCAAUCCCAAUUUCAACGUUGAUUAAUGCCAAUUUAAACGAUGAGAGUGCCAGGCAUCUUAUGGUAAUAGGAAAGAGUGACUUUAUUAUAAACUUUUUAACGCAUCACCUAUACAUCGAGAAAAAAUCUAAAGAAGAGGGACUGGAUCCUGUAGUGAUAAUAGGUUCCCAAUUUUCUGAUGAUCAGCAAGAUUAUUCGCAUGGAGUAUUGAGUAAAAUCAUGAUGUGUAUUGAGACUGGAAGACCUCUUAUUCUAACUGAUUUGGAAAUUAUUUAUGGCGCUCUCUACGAUUUGUGGAAUCAAAAUUAUGUCGUCCACGGAAGUGAAGAUAACCCUAGACAUUAUGCCAGAGUUGCACUUGGUGAUAAUAAUCCGAUGUUGAACGUCAAUAAGAAAUUUAAAUGCAUCUUAGUUUUAGAUGAAUAUAAUUUACCAAUAACAGACCCACAUCUUCUAAGUAGAUUUGAAAAGCAAAAAUUAUCUGUUGAAGAUACUUUGACGGAAAAACAACAUGGAUUAUUAAAGUUGCUGAAUACUUGGACAAAACAAAUGGUUACCAUUAUUGAAAAGAAUAAUUUUACAGUUUGUCAUGACUUUACAUUAGAAGAUCUCUUUAUUGGUUAUGAUUCAGAAAAAACUUUGCAAAGUUUAGUUAUUAACGCCAUGCAUCAAAAUGAAGGGGCUACAAAUGAAGAAAUCCUUGAAACAUGCAAGGAAUCUCUUAUCUCUAUUGCUUCAACAGAUGGUAUUAUAAGAGCCACGAAAUCUGCGAUGAAUAAAGAAGAAAGCCUCCGUUGGAAAAGAAUUUACUUCUCCUCGAAUGAAUUUAAAAAUCAGCAUCACGAUAACUUGAUGAAUUGCUUUAAUGGAAUGCUUAAUUCUCAUAAUUCUCAUAUGGUUAAUUCAGAUCCAUUGUUGAUUAUUGUUAAUACUUUUUCAAACAUUAAUACAAAUAUAAAACGAUGCCUGGAAACGGUACUAAGCGUUCAAGUUGAGAAAAUAUCUACUUUUAGAACGGAGAUACAACUUCAAAAUAGAAUUAAACAUUUUUGGCUAGAUUCUCAUGACCAAAUGUUAGUUCUUCAAUGUGAGGUGGCCACAGUGAAUUCAAGAUGCAUCAGGUUGGCAAAGUUUAUUAUCGAGCAGUACCGUGACGAAUUUCUGAGGAUUAGAAAAGUAGGAACACCGUCCAAACAUGCGUGUAUCAUUUUGCACAUUCACAGGGGAGAAAAGGAAAAUUUUAUAUCGUUUAGCUUCAUAUGUGGUUGGAAGCAGGUUACAGUUGAAACAUUGGAACCACAAGGAAAACAUUUAUUAACAAUUCUGGAUGAAUCCCUAACGAACAUAAUAAAUACUGCCUACCCAUUUGAGGAUAUAUUAAAACAGGAAUUAUCAUGGUGUCUAUUGUGCAUGAAAUAUCCGUCUGAUGAAGAUUCUAUUAAACGUCUCAGGAUGCUCAAUUCCGAAAUUCUUAAACAUCCUAACUUUAUCAAUUGCCUAAAGAAACGAACUUUGGCUUUGCUAGAAGAAAGAUCUUCGACAGAUUGGCAAUAUGAUGUUGCAUUUGAUAAAAGAUUACUCUAUCCGUAUUCAUCCUUCUCGGCUGCUUUACAUGCUCGUAUUCGUACAAUGGUCAGGUGUCAUGUCGCAAAAAUGUUAUUUGCACUUGAAAGGUUAUCGACCAUUAAAACCUUUUUUGAUAUUGACCAACCUGGAAAUGAGGGGAGCCCUUUACUUAUAUUUUGGAAGAAUAUGUUUGACGAUCCUAAGGUAACUGAAAUAGAUGACCUUCCCGAACCCAGCCUCGAUCAGUAUAUAUUGCCAUAUUACCUCCAUGAUUUACAGUUCCCAUUCUCAUAUUAUAUUAUGAGAAAGAUUGAUGAUUUUAAGGACACAUGUUUGGAAAAGCUUGACAGUCUUAAACAGGAUGGAGAAAAUUGUGAUGAGUCGGGAGACCUCCUUACAUCUAUUGAGGAUUUUACAUAUGAAACAUUUAGAUAUGAUAUAUAUUCAUCAUUGCCGUAUCUUAAAGGAAAAACGAUUGAGCCAUAUUUGGAAAAGUACCUUAAUGAUUUUGUGACGAUUAUCUCAGCUAGCAUUUGUACAAAAAACAACAACGAAUCAUUUUCGCUACUACUACGACAAUUUUUGGGUGAAGAGGUAUAUGAUCCGGUUCUCAUACAUAUUUGCUGGUGGGUAAACUCGAGUAAAAUCCUGGCGGCUCUGUAA